AUGUCGCAAGAACAAGUGGCAUCUGCAAAUACAGCUGAAAAUCAAACUUUAGAAGGAUCUCCUCCACUAGAGAAGCUGCCAACCCGUUUUGAAAUAGAAUUAGAAUUUAUUCAAUCGUUAGCAAAUAUCCCAUAUCUCACAUAUACUCUCACACAACCUAGUUCGCCUGGAGGCCCUCCACGCUGGCGUGAUCCAGCAUUCAUUGAAUAUUUAAAAUACCUUCAAUACUGGAUGCAUCCUCCCUACUGUCAAUGUGUCGUUUAUCCAAACUCAUUAGCUGUGCUACAAUUGUUAUUAGAAUUGAUGGAAAGAGGAACUUCAAUGGAUCCAAGCGCUCCAGACUCUAUCCCACGACUACUACAUUCAAGAGGCCAUAUCCUAUCUGAACAGAUGACCGAAAGAUGGGCAAAGACGGAUUGA